GGAAACGUAUAUUCACCAAUCACGUCCAGCGUUGUUGCUCCGACUGAAGGAACCUGCAGAAGCAAAGAUGGCGGAACGUGGAUACAGUUUCUCUCUCACCACAUUUAGUCCUUCGGGUAAACUGGUCCAGAUUGAGUAUGCCCUGGCAGCCGUAGCAGCAGGAGCCCCCUCAGUCGGGAUCAAAGCAUCCAAUGGCGUUGUACUCGCAACAGAAAAGAAACAGAAGUCCAUCCUUUACGAUGAGCAGAGUGUUCAUAAGGUGGAACCCAUCACCAAGCACAUAGGGAUGGUGUACAGUGGGAUGGGGCCUGACUACAGAGUUUUGGUACGUCGAGCCAGAAAAUUGGCCCAACAGUACUUCUUGGUCUACCAGGAGCCCAUCCCCACUGGGCAGUUGGUUCAGAGAAUUGCCUCUGUCAUGCAGGAAUAUACACAGUCUGGCGGUGUGCGUCCAUUUGGUGUGUCAUUGCUGAUUGCCGGAUGGGAUGAAGAUCAACCCUACUUGUUCCAGUCUGAUCCUUCUGGAGCGUACUUCGCAUGGAAGGCCACAGCCAUGGGGAAGAACUAUGUAAACGGCAAAACAUUCCUAGAAAAAAGGUACAACAAUGACCUGGAAUUGGAAGAUGCCAUCCACACUGCCAUCUUGACACUGAAGGAGAGCUUUGAGGGCCAGAUGACGGAGGAGAACAUCGAGGUCGGGAUCUGCAACGAGGCUGGCUUCAGACGGCUCACCCCCGCUGAGGUCAAAGACUACCUGGCAGCCAUUGCGUGAACUGUUAUGUUUUUUUCUGUCUACAUGACCCUGUUUUUUCAAUUAAAGACAUGGCAGAGUAUAACUACACCAAUUGGCAUUGUAACAACCGAAUCUCUAUCCGCUUGUUGCAGUUCAACUGAAUGAGAAGGUGGACUAUGGUUCAAGUAAAAUCUCAACAUUCUCCUACUUUGAACAUAUAAUUCCCUUGAUUGAAUCAAUGUACAUGUGAAUAUAAUACACCAAAUGUGAUUUAUAAUGCAACUUCAACGAUUAUAACCAUAGCAGGAAUUUGGAGUUCAUGGAUUGGUUCUCAGUAUAUGCAUCCCAUCGCACAUACUCAAGAGGGAAUAAAGGAAGAUCUUGAGAUUUUACUGACAAUCAUUGUGUAGCGGUUUUUCAAGUAUUUUCCCAGUUUAUACACUUUUUACUUUCUCUGUACGUUGAUAUGUUCAACUUAAUAAAAGGUCUUCAUGUCAA